AGCAAAUGUCUAAUGAUUAUGAAAAAAAGAGGUCUGCCCUAACAGUAUCCACAGCGUCUAUCGAUGCGUAUUCUGAUGAGUUGAAAAGGAUUGAAAACAAAAAUGAUGUACAACCCAUGAAAGGAUGGAUGAAGAAGAAAAGCCCUGCCCUCCUCAAAGGUUGGCAAAAGCGUUACUUCAUGCUCAUUGAGAACAUGCAGGAAGGACCCUGGAAAUUGGUGUAUUUUGACAAUGAUGUAAAUCAAUAACUUGAAUGUAGAAAACCGACACUAAGCCUAAUGGUGCCUUUGAUUUAUCAACCAUUACCUCCAUUAAUUAGAUCUCGAAAAAAGAAUUCACUAUUUAAUUUCCUGGCCGAAAUCUAGAAUUAAAAGUUAAAACUCCUGAAUUGUGUCAAUAAUGGAUUACCACUCUUAAUGGUCUCAGAACAGCACCUUCCCCUCAGAGAACAAAGAGAUAAGUCAGCAUGGAUUCAGUAGUAAAGAUGGCAGACGAGAGUCCCACCAAGGGUAUGAAUUUUCUCAUCUUGUAGCAUAAAACCAUAAGAUUGUGGAUACGUACACAGCCCAAUAGGCACAAGUGUAUAAGGAGAAGCAACGCAAUUCUCUACUCAUAGACUUAUCCAAGGGAGAUAAGAAGAUUAAGGAGAAGCAAAACACUCAGCAAUUAUCAAAUGAGAAGAUGCUCGAACUAAUUGGUUUGAAGGAAUUCAUAAAAAAUAUGAAUGAGCAGUUCAUCUAUCAAAGAAUGAUUUACGGCUAUUUGGGGAAAAGAAGCAAAGGAAAAGUAAAGUACUUUUAAAAAAGAUGGUUUAUCCUUGUAUCAGCCAAACCUUUGGUAUUUAUUAUUUAGAUUCCUAGUAUUCAGAUUACAAUGAUGAAAAGAUAUUGCAGGAAUCCCAACUGCCUCCCUGGCUAGAAUUAGAUACUAUCACUUAUUUCAAACAGAAGGAAGAAGGGAAACCUCCAAAAGCCAAGGGUGAUGUGAAGAUGUUGGAUUGCUAAGAAAUUAUAAUCAAAAACAUGUCCAAAUCAAAGGAAAGUGGAUACACCUUCAAAUUAAACAUGGGGGACAGAUUAUAUCAUCUCAUGGCUGAUUCUGAAUUAGAACGUACUAAGUGGCAAACUGCCUUAAGUGCAUCUAUCAGGAUAACAAAAGAAAUUAAUAAUCCAUUAAAAAUUAAAAUUAAAAAGAAUAUUGACCCCUUAAUCCAAUUAUAUGACGAAGAAACUCAAUUAAUCGCAAGAAGAGAAAAGAUUAGACAGAAAUUAGAGUAGGACAUUGCAGUCAUCUUGAAGGAAGAAGCCGUUGAUCUAAAUAAGCUGAUUAGUUAAUUGACUGAUUUGAGAUAAGACAUGUUGGAAUCAAUGUAAGCAAGCAUUGUGAAAGAUCCUCAAAGAAAGGACAUUGUAAAGGAAUACACUGACAUUUAUCAUGAAAGGAUAUGUGAAAGGAUUACUAAGUUUUGGGAUCAGAAUUACAUGAAGUUACAAGUACUUAUGAAUUCUCAUUUUUAUAGUCUCCAGAAUUAUUACUCUUAGGAUAAUGGUUACAUGAUUAUUUGUUACAGAUGAAGGAUUUCUUUAAUGAUGAUCGUAUUCUCCUGGGAGUUGGAGUGCUCCUGAACAUCUAUGUGAAUCGAUCACUUGAAAGUAUGGAAUCAGUCAUCUAUUAAAUAAUUGAACAGGAAAGAAUUCAAGAACCAUUCUUGAAUGAUUAAGAAUAAUUGGUUACCUAAACUCCUGUUGAUUUGUUCAAGAUUAUAAACGAAGGCUUCGAUAUGGCAUAUAAAUUAUGUUCAUGUAAAGAAACUGUACUUAGAUUCGGAGGUUUUGGCAAAGUUAUCCUAUAAUAGUAUUAAGGAGGGAUUCAAGAAAUCAUUGAUGAAUAUUAACUCUCCGUUGCUAAGUUUGUUGCCAUAUGUAACAAUACAAUGGCUCUGUAUGAUAAUACUAAACAAUAUUCAAAACGACUUCAAACUUUUGGCAAUUUAAGUGACGAAGAGGUUGAAAAAGUAUUUGAUGGACAAAAAAUCACUAAGAACUUUGUUUAAAUAGCCAACAAUUGCAGAGAAAGAAUCUUCAUAUUUUAUUUCAGUCGUGUUGGUACUCAUUUUAAAAAGCCUUAUCUCGAAAUUAAGAUCAUAGACACUCUGAAAUCCAUUAUAGAGCCAGCCACAGAAGCUUUAUCCUAAUUGCACGACAGUUUUAAUAGAAAACUCUGGAAAUAACUCACUGAUUCCAUUAUACUCUACUAUUUUAACUAGUUCAUCAUUUCUUGUAGCAAGGCCAAAAAGGAAUAAUAAAAUGAAUUCAUUAGAAAAUUAGAAAAUGAUAAAGAAAUCUUAUUCUAAGAAUUAGAAACAUUUAUAUUUGAAAAGUAAUUAUAAGCAACUCUGAAGCCUUUUGAUGACAUGAUAUCAUUCUUGAAUGAAGAAUCUCUAAGUAUCUUAGAUCCAUGCAAAAGCUUAAGGUAGUAUUUUGGUAGGGCAUUUUCUGAAAAAACAAUCAAAUCCAUUAUGACUCUAAGGUUUGAUUUGGACAAGGAACAGAAGAAAGAUACUAUUGAAAUCUGUAAGAAUUUAAUUGAUGAUAUCAAUAAAACUUAACCUAUUGAAGAAGACACUGUUAGAAUUAUGGAUUUUCUAGGUUAAGAGGAUGAAGAGUAAAAUAACACUUAAACGCAAUAGCAAGAAUAAGUUUAGAGAAGAGCAGACAUCCGAUUAGAUUUUAAUGACAGUGAAAUUUAAUAAGUAUACAUAUCAACUAAUAUUGUAGAUCCCUUAGCAAUAGUAAAAGCGAGCUUCAAUUGAAAAAGAAGAAUUCAUAGAUGAAGGUUAUUUAUAUAAGAAGAAACCCAAAUCAAAGGCUUGGGAUUAUAGAUUUGUUAGAAUCAGAAAAGGGUUUAUGUACUGGUAUAUCAAUUCAAAUUCAAGAGAAGCAUAGAACAAAAUCAAUCUUUAAAGUGUAGAUGAAGUCAUUCCCAACCCUAAAAAGUCUACUAAUUUUAAGAUCUAGUUAGAAGAUUCUAAGAUAUAUAAGUUUAAAACACAAACAAAGGAAGAAUGUGAAUUGUGGAUCAAAACUAUAUUGAGAGAGCAGAAUCAAACUGAAGUGGCAAUUAUCACUCUAGAAGCUAUUGUACUAAUUGUUAUAAUGUUAGUAAAUUGGAAAUGGGAAAUUGCCAAUCAUCAAAGACUAUGAUGAAAUAGCCAGGAAGGAAAGAUAAAGAUAGAAAUAAGAAGAAAGAAAAAGGAAAAGAAUUGAGAAGGAAAACGAGUAAAUAUCACACUUAUAAUAAUAGAUUUAAAAAGAAAUAAAUGGAAUUGAAAUUACUGUAAUAGCAGUAAUUGAAAGAACUAGGAGAUAAGCCAUAACCUCAUUAAGUAGAUGUAUUUGAAUAACAAAUGGGAACGGUAUAGAAUUGAUGUGAUGUAUUAUUAGGGUGAUUCCACCAAAAAAACUACUUCUUGUUGGACUUCAUUUUUGAUAGCUUUAGGAGUUGAAAGACCUAAGUGA